AUGCCACUCCAGACUUGGACAAUUGAUUCCUCAACCUGCCGAAGCCGUGAUUUGUCACUCCAAUCUAUAAGACAACGACCCUUCUUUGCGACAUUUGUCCAAACACUCUCUCACUUUAGGUUCCGUACCCCGCCGCCGCCAUCGCGAGCCGGGCUGAGUGCAUUUCAUCAAUCAACGCCAUUGCGCUCCAUGUCAUUCCUCGGUGCCCUGUUCGGAUCAUCAGCCUCCAAGUCCUCCGACAACAUGUCCUAUCCCGACAAGCGAAGCAAUGAAGAGUGGCGAGCCGUGCUGAACAAGGAGCAGUUCCGCAUCCUGCGCGAAAAGGGCACCGAGCGUGCCGGCACGGGCAAGUACGACAAGCACAGCCCGGAGGCGGGCGUCUACACCUGCGCCGGCUGCGACGCGCCCCUCUACAAGGCCAACCACAAGUUCCAGUCGGGCUGCGGCUGGCCGGCCUACUACGACAGCAUCCCCGGCGCCGUGACGCGCCACGAGGACCGCACGCUCGGCAUGGCCCGCACCGAGAUUGUCUGCAGCAACUGCGGCGGCCACCUCGGCCACGUCUUCAAGGGCGAGGGUCAUGCCACCCCGACCGACGAGCGCCACUGCGUCAACAGCGUCAGCCUCAACUUUACCGAGGACGAAGGCAAGGCCAAGGAGAGCAAAGCGUGA